CUGUGCUCCACUGUCUGCCCCCACCAGAGACAGUCACAAAAUAAGCCGCAGCGCAACCUUCUGCUUCAACCAUCGGACAAUCAGGAUAAGAAGCAUCACUCGCAAUUCAAGAGGAUAAUAUCUUCGCUUCACUUUUUUUGUGACGUAGCAGCAUACAACAAAGAAGGGAAUGAUUCUCCAGCUCAGCCGCAACCUGAGCCGCGCUGCCCCGGUUCUUAGUCGCAGUGUCCACUCUGGCACACGUGUCGCCUCCACCGCCGCAUCCAAACUGAAGUCACACAGUCUGCUCACCUCAGAGGAAAUCUAUGCGCGCGAGGACAAGUAUGGAGCGCAUAAUUACCACCCUCUGCCUGUGGCCUUGGAGAGGGGGGAGGGCGUCAACGUGUGGGAUGUGGAUGGCAACCGGUAUUAUGACUUCCUGAGUGCUUACAGUGCUGUAAACCAGGGCCACUGCCACCCAAAGAUCGUAGCUGCGCUCAACGCUCAGGCCUCCAAACUUGCCCUGACUUCCAGAGCAUUCUACAACAAUGUGCUGGGAGCCUAUGCAGAGUACAUUACCAGCUUGUUUGGCUAUGACAAAGUCCUACCCAUGAAUACAGGUGUUGAAGGUUGUGAGACAGCCUGCAAGCUUGCCCGCAAGUGGGCUUACAAUGUAAAGGGGGUUCCUAUAAACCAGGCCAAAAUCAUUUUUGCAGAUGGAAACUUCUGGGGUCGCACCAUGGCAGCCAUCUCCAGCUCAAGUGACCCCAGUAGUUAUGAAGGUUUUGGUCCCUACAUGCCAGGCUUUGAGCUUGUCCCGUACAACGACAUUCCUUCACUGGAGAAAGCUCUUCAAGACCCAAAUGUUGCUGCUUUCAUGGUGGAGCCCAUCCAGGGAGAGGCUGGGGUGGUGGUGCCAGACCAAGGCUACCUGACCACAGUCAGACAACUUUGCACCAAAUACAACGUGUUGUGGAUUGCCGAUGAGGUGCAGACAGGCUUGGCAAGGACCGGCCGGCGCCUGGCUGUUGACCACGAGGAAGUCCGUCCAGAUCUCGUGGUUCUGGGUAAAGCACUUUCUGGAGGAGUUUACCCUGUUUCUGCUGUGCUGUGUGAUGAUGAGGUAAUGCUUACUAUCAAGCCGGGAGAACACGGGUCCACAUAUGGAGGUAACCCCUUGGCCUGUCAGGUCGCUAUUGCUGCACUUCAGGUGCUUGAGGAGGAGAAGCUGGCAGAGAAUGCUCAAAGGAUGGGAGAACUGCUGCGGAGCGAGCUGAGAAAACUUCCCAAAGACAUUGUGACAACAGUCAGGGGGAAAGGCCUCCUAAACGCAGUCAUCAUCAAAGAGACCAAAGACUAUAACGCCUGGAAGGUGUGCUUACGCCUUCGUGACAACGGACUGCUGGCCAAGCCCACACACGGUGACAUCAUCCGCCUGGCCCCUCCCCUCAUCAUUAAAGAGCAUGAGCUGCACGAAUGUAUCGACAUCAUCCAGAGAACCAUCUUGUCCUUCUAAACUACAACCCAACACUUCCACAAUAGACAGACAACCAUCAACCUGAUAAUCCAAAUGACUAUCAUCAUAUCAAAAAGUCACUCUAAACAAGUAUUAUCUUUUUUUUCAAGUUGUUUUUUUUUUUUAAGGUAUUUACUGUAGAAAUACAGUAUACAGAUACUGUGUGUAGUGUGCUUGUAUGAGGCUACAUUGACAUUUUUGUACAGAAAAACUGCUGUAUGGGAGACGGUUCCAUUAGACUGCCUCAGGAAAGUCUGCAGCACAGGCGGAAAACAUGAGUGGUUUAUUUUAAAUGUUCCUCUGGUAAUAAGUGAGUGUAAAUAAUCAAUGUGCUUGUCUUCAAGGAAACCUUUUUAAUUUUUAAAAGGAUAUGUGCUGUUACCAAUGACGCAUGAUGUCUAUAGUUACAAAGACUGUAAAUUCCUCCUCUGAGGCAUACCAUUUUAAGUCUGAACGAAGGAGUUUUUGUUGAAGUUACAAAGACACUGAAGGAAAUACUUGAUGAAAUGUAGUCUGGUCUGCAGUUCUCAAUAUGACAAAUUUAGUUUGUAUUACUAUUGUAAACCUUUCAGUUAGUCUACUCAACCACAGCUGUCUGCUAACCUAAACCUUGGGCAAACCAGUGUUACAUAGAGAGCCAGCUAGUCUGGGAAUUUAUAACCUCGAGCAGGGUUUCUUUACUUUAAAAAAAAAAAAAAAAAAAAACUUGAAAUGUGUAUGGAAUUUUCAGAUUCCAGGUCUUGAAGAAUUUUAGUGCAAUUUCUUUUUUCCUAAAAUCUUUUCAAGUAAUUUUAAUUAUCAAUACAAUUUGUGAGCUGUAUCUGUAGAUUGUUGUCAUUGAACCUUCCGAUGAAUGUUUUAUCUGUUACAAAACAGUGUAAAUAUUGUCUUUUCAAAGGCAAUAUUACCCUGUAUAAUCCACUGAUCUUUAAAUAAAUUAUUGCAGUCUUA